GGGCAUGGCGACUUGAUGGGCAAGCGGGUCCCGGCCUACGGCUCCUCAGAGGAGAGCGAGAUCAACAUCACCAGCGACGAGGAGAGGCAGGGGUCCUGCCAAGCCCCCAGCAAGCUGGAGAAGGCCUACGCCCUGGCAGUGCCCAGGCCGCCCUGGGCAGCAGCACCCCUGCCGGGCAGCGUCUGCUACAUCUGCGGCAGCCCCUUGUCCCCUGGGGGCCAGCACCAAAUCCACGUGCAGAAACAGGAAAAGACUUCCAAGGCCCCCUUCUUCCCUUUCCUGUGGCUGCACAGUCCACCCCUGGGGGCCCUGCCCAUCAGCCCCAUGGGCAGCACACUGGUCUGCUCCUGCUGCUUCACCUCCCUCAUGCAGCAGUGGCAGAGCUUCGAGGUGGCCAGCGUGCCGGUCCUGCAGAGGCUCUACGUGGUGCCGCUGGAUGCCAGCGCAAUGGGCAUGCCCCCCAAAGGGAGGAGGGCCCAGAAAGAGGAGGGUGCCCCUGCCCUGCUGCAGGAAGCCUGCUACCUCUGUGGGGAGGAUUGUAGCAAGGAGGCCAGGCCGGUCUCUGCUAAGAUCACCAAUGGCAAUGCUAAAAACACCAUGCACUUCCCCUUCCUCAGCCACCUGCCGUGCCCUCCCAGCUCCAAGGGGCUCAACAAGCAUGGGGAGGUGCACAGCUGCAGGAAGUGCUAUGGGGUGCUGCAGGACCUGUGGGCCAUGUACCGGGCGUGCCACAAUGAGGAGCUCAUCACCUCGGUGCAGAGCUUCCUGGGGAGGUAUCACCAGGUCUUCUCCACCGGGGAUCCCGGCAGCACUGGCAUGCACCCCUCGGCCACAUCAGGCCCUGCCUCUGUCUGUUACAUCUGCGGAGCUGAGCUGGGAGCGGGCAAAGAGUUCCAGCUCAACAUCAACCCGCCAGGGCGCUUUGGGGAGAAGGAGCCUUUCUUCCCCUUCCUCACCGUCUACCCCCCAGCCCCCAGGGCCAGGCCUGCAGACGCCACUGGGCUGGUGGCUACCUGUGUGCUCUGCUACCAUGACCUCCUAGGCCAAUGGCUGCAGCACGAAAGCAGGAAUUCCCACCAUCCCAGCAGCGCCUGGUCCAGGCAGUACAAAGUGGAGACCUUCGUGUGCUUCUUCUGUCGGCAGGAGAAGAAGCGAUGCCUUGGAUUAAAAGCAGUGCAGGUUGCCCGGCUCCCUGUGUUUCUGUACACUCUCCGCAUGGCCAACAGCCUACUGGUGGAUGAUGGUAAACAACUGACCAUUGGAGCAUGUGCAGAAUGUGGGGCAGUGGUCCUUGCUGGCAAAGGCAUGACACCUCCAGACUUUCUGGCUGUGACACCCCCAGCCAGUCUCCCAAAGGCGUUGUCCUUUUCUCUGGAGACACCUGCUGUGAAGCCUUCCGCCAGCGAGCCCAGACAGCGACUGGCAGGCGCUGGGGAGAGCCCAGGUGCAAGGAACGGAGCUGCCCAGGAGACUGGCUCUGACCGUGGCCAGCAGAGCGUGGAUGUGGAAGGCGCAGACCUGGGAGCUACAAGCAUGAGCCAUGAGCCAAAGUCACCUUCACUAGGAAUGCUCUCCACCGCGACCCGGACCACGGCCACCGUCAGCCCCCUGACCCCUUCUCCUCUCAAUGGCUCUCUUGUGCCCAAUGGCAGCCCGGCGGCCAACACCUCCUUGUCGGUCCAGUCAGCGCCUUCCUCCAGCUUCGCUGCCGCCCUGCGCAAACUGGCCAAACAGGCAGAGGAACCCAGAGGGUCUUCGAUAAGCAGCGAGUCUUCCCCCGUCUCCUCGCCAGCCACCAACCACAGCUCUCCUGCCAGCACGCCCAAGCGAGGACCCAUGGGCCCCAUCAUUGUUCCUCCUGGGGGGCACAGUGUGCCUAGCACACCCCCCGUGGUGACCAUUGCCCCAACGAAAACGGUGAACGGGGUCUGGAGAAGCGAAGGCAGACAGCAAGAAGCAGGAUCGAGAGGCAGCAGCAGCAGCCGGGAGCGCCUAAUUGCCGAGCCUCAGCUCCCACAGGAGAAAGCCGGGGGCCCCGCUGUCCCUUCUCAUCUCCUCGGGACGCCUUACUCCUUCGGGAUUCCCCCCACCUCCGUCGUCCAGGAUUCCCGCUUCCCACCUUUAAACAGCCUUCAGCGGCCUGUACACCAUGUGGUGCCUCCCAGCGCGGUCACCGAAGAUUACCUGCGAAGCUUCCGGCCCUACCACACCGCCGAGGAACUCCGUAUGUCCUCCCUGCCGCCCAUCAGCCUGGAUCCGGCCACUGCCGCCGCUUACUACCACCCCGGCUACCUGGCCCACCACCCCUUCCCUCACCCAGCCUUCAGGAUGGAUGACUCCUACUGCCUUUCGGCCCUGCGGUCCCCCUUCUACCCGAUCCCAACCCCUGGUUCGCUCCCACCUCUUCAUCCUUCAGCCAUGCACCUCCAUCUGUCGGGAGUGAGGUACCCCACCGAGCUGCCGCACUCGUCGCUCUCUGCCCUUCAGUCUGAGCGGAUGUCCAGUCUGACCGCAGAGAGGCUGCAGAUGGACGAGGAGCUGAGGCAGCGCGAGAGGGAACGCGAGAGGGAGCGGGAGAAGGAGCGGGAGCGGGAAGCCGAUCGGGAGCGGGAGAAGGAGCGGGAGCGGGAGAGAGAGCGGGAGAAGGAGCUCGAGCGGGAGAAGGAGAGGGAGCGGGAGAGAGAGCUGGAGAGACAACGAGAAAGGGCCCGGGAGAAGGAGAUGAACCUGGCCAAAGCCAUGGAGAGCCCAUUUCUGCCGGUGGCAGAGCUGCACGGGCUGAGGAGCCAUCCAGCAGAGGAGCGUGUUAAACCAGCCGAGCAGCUGACACCAAACAGACCAGAGAAAACCAAGGACGCGACCAUCCCAACUCCUAAGCCCGUCCAGCACCCCUUGCACCAGCCGCCCGCCUCGCACCAUCCUGUGCCCAGCCUCAUUUCCAGCCACAGUGUCUUCCCCCUCCCCGGGAGCAGCGCGGCCACGGCUCUUCUCAUCCAGCGCACCAAUGAGGAGGAGAAGUGGCUGGCGCGCCAGCGUCGGCUGCGGCAGGAGAAGGAAGACCGCCAGUCCCAGGUAUCGGAGUUCCGGCAGCAAGUGCUGGAGCAGCACCUGGAGAUCGGGCGGCCGCCGAACCAGCCAGAAGCUGAGCACCGGCCAGAGAACCCCAGAUCAGGACCAAACCGCCAUGAGCCAAGUGGCCGAGACCAACCACAGCACUUUGGAGGGCCCCCUCCACUCAUCUCUCCCAAACCUCAGCAUCAUCCAGUGCCCACCUCGCUCUGGAACCCAGUGUCCUUGCUGGAGAACAACAUGGAACCACGCAGGAUCCAAGAGAAUCACUCUCUCCAUGCCGCCCACCCUGCCCAAUAUGAACCUAGCCGACAAGCCAUCCCCUUGGUGAAGGUGGAACGAGUGUAUUGCCCCGAGAAGCUGGAUGAAGGGGCCAGGAAGAGAGAGACACUGGACAAAUACCAGCCUGCCAGGGAGCCUGGGGCGUCGGAACAUGGUGGGUUCUCCCAUGGGCCCUUCCUGGCAGAACUGGAAAAGUCCACACAGACCAUCCUUAACCAACAGAGGGCAUCACUCUCCCAGACCGGGCAGUUUGCUGAGGCCAAGCCUAGCUCACCGUACCGGCACCCGCUGCCCAGGGCCCACGACCCCAUGUAUGUUUAUGACGAGUUCCUGCAGCAACACCGUAAACUAGUCAGCAAACUGGACCUGGAGGAGCGGAGGCGGAGGGAAGCCAGGGAGAAAGGCUACUACUAUGACCUGGAUGACUCCUACGAUGAGAGUGAUGAGGAGGAAGUGAGAGCCCAUCUCCGGUGCGUUGCCGAGCAGCCCCCGCUGAAGCUGGAUACUUCCUCGGAGAAAUUGGAGUUCCUGCAGCUUUUCGGCCUGACCACCCAGCAGCAGAAGGAGGAACUGCUGACUCAGAAGAGGAGGAAGAGGCGGAGGAUGCUGAGGGAGAGGAGUCCAUCCCCUCCCAUGGUCCAGAACAAACGUCGGACGCCCUCACCGCGGCUCCCACUCUCCACACGCUACAGCCCCGACGAAAUGAACAACAGCCCCAACUUUGAGGAGAAGAAGAGGUUCCUGACCAUCUUCAACCUGACCCACAUCAGCGCAGAGAAAAGGAAAGAUAAAGAGAAACUGGUGGAAAUGCUCCAUGCCAUGAAGCAGAAAAGUGCGACGGCAGCAGUGGUGGUGAAAAGCUCCCCGCGGAACAGUCCCAGUCUCACCCCAGCUGAACUCCAGGUGCAGCAAUUUCCUGUGGAUUCAGAUAAACCUGUUGGUAUCACCGCCUCCUUGCCAGACAGUCAAAAGACAUCAGAGCCCAGCAGAUUAGAACAGCUGAGACCACACGAGCUCCAGAGGGCCAAGGAACCAGCUCCAGUCUCUGCUGAGAAGCCCAGGCUGAACGAUGGGCACACUGGGAAGAAGAGCCUGAGCAUAUUCAAUUAUGUCAGGGGCCCUUUGCCUAAGGAUAUCCCGGUGCCGCUCUCUCACAGCAUGAAUGGGAAGAAUAAGCCAUGGGAGCCCUUCAUAGCUGAGGAAUUUGCACAUCAGUUUCACGAGUCUGUGCUGCAGUCCACACAGAAAGCAUUGCAGAAGCACAAAGGAAGUGCAGCAGCACUUACUGCAGAGCAGAACCACAAAAUUGACACCUCUAUCCAUUACAACAUUCCUGAGCUUCAGACCUCAAGCAGGGUCCAGCUGCCUCAACAGAACGGGCAGCAAGACACCCCACUGGCACGAAAGGGGCUCAUCCCACCCGAACAGAACAAGGAUUCUGACUCAGAGGGGGAGGAGGAGGAGGAAGAAGAGGAGGAAGAGGAGUACCCUAGACCUAAAUGGCAGGGGAUCGAGGCAAUCUUCGAAGCUUAUCAGGAACAUAUAGAAGAACAAAACCUGGAACGCCAAGUGUUGCAGACACAGUGCCGACGGCUGGAGGCUCAGCACUACAGUCUCAGUCUGACUGCAGAACAACUGUCACACAGCAUGGCGGAACUAAGGAGCCAGAAGCAGAAGAUUGUCUCGGAAAGGGAGCGACUUCAGGCCGAACUAGAUCACUUGAGAAAGUGCCUUGCGUUGCCUGCAAUGCAGUGGUCUAGGGGUUAUUUCAAGGGAUAUCCCAGGUGACGCUCCCUUGCACUAGGCUGAACAUAUAGUAUAGAAAUAAUAAUCUAUUUUAUUACCUUGAAUAUUUAAUAUUUUUCACUGGGAGGUUUGAAGCUAAAAUAUAAAUGGAGAAUGUGCCAUGCAUGGAGCAAAGGAUUAUGGGAUCCAGAAAAAAUACCCACCUGUAUCUUGACUUCAGUGCAACUGAAUCUUUGCAAUUCUGCAAGCAACCCACCCAUGAAGGCUAGAUUUUGUUUAAUUUUAAUGAGGGGUGCUUUUUUUCCUCCUUCCCCUCCACUUUUUAAUUAUUUUUUUUUAAAUCUGAUAAGACUUCAUCAACAACACUAAUAGCCACCUCCCUGUAGAGGGGGUGCUGUCCACACACAAAAUCAUUCUUUUGUUGCCAUAUUAGUCCAACUACUGUACCAUGGGGUUUGCCUAUUCUUCACUGGGAAGAUGGUGUGUCUCGUGUUAGAGGAAGUUGGGUACACUUUGGAAAGCAAAUGAACUGUAUAUCUCAGAUAUGGAGAGCUGUGGUAGUGAUCUGCAGAGUAACAAGUCCUGGAAGGAGCCAACACAGCUUCAGACCUUGAGCCUUUCCCUAAAUCAACAGGCUUUCCAAUGGAAAUGCACUUCGCUAUACAAAAUAAAGUGAAUAAACAAACCGAAGGUACCUUUUUAUUACUGUUUUGGGGGGUAGGGAGCGGAAUGUACAGAACAACAACACCACACACACACACACCCCGAGAGAGAGAGACAAAUUACAUACCCUAGUGGGUGAACUUUUCAUACAAACUCAAACGAUUUUGCAAUUAAAAAAAAAACAAAGUCAAAAAAGGUGCUUCAGCCUUGUACUGUGUAUAUAUUUAAAAAGUUUUGUAUGUUUUUAUUACUUUAAUUAUUGUUAUAAAAAGCUUGCCAUUUUUAAUAUGUUUCUGCUUUUUUUUUGGCAAAAUAACUUGCUUUUAGUGUUUGUACUGCUGCUGGUCAGGACAUGAAAAAUAUUGAAGUGUUUUAAAAGAAUUUAAAAAAAAAAAAAAAAAAAA